AUGGGCAAGAACACCGAUGACCGGCCGGCCUACCUGAGCUCCAACGACGCCAAGUACUCGCUCGGUGUCCAUCGUGGGCCCUUGCCUCCUGCCGGCCUCGACGAUACUGCCAAACUCGAGCAGGUCGAGUCCGCGGGCGGACUCUCGCUCGCGACCACUCGCACGCGUAGGGAACGGUUGACGCGCCAUUGGAAGCGCUUCUGGUGCUGCUAUCUCAUUGGCAAUGUCAUCUUCCUUGCCAUCUUCUUGCCCGUGUUCUUCCUCGUCGCCAUCCCCGCCAUCUCCCAGCUCGUCGUCAACAAGUCUGACCUCGUGCUGGUCAGUGCGGCUGUCUUGAACCCCCAGCCAGACUCAAUCCAGUUGACCCUCAAGUCGGCAUUGGAUUUGAAGAUCGCCUUGCCGGUUCGCAUCGAGCCGAUUGACCUGAAUCUCUUCAUGCGCGAUACCGGCGCCGACAGGCCAUGGACCAAUAUCACCCUUGACGGCAUGACUAUCAAGGGCAACACCACCCUGGGUGUGGACAACCAACACCGCCCGCUGGUCGACCAGGAUGUCUGGGUCGACUAUGUCCACGAUGUCGUGUUCAAGAAGUAUUCGACCCUGUCGCUGCGGGGAUCAACGAACUCCUAUCUGGGCGUAUUGAAGUCACACGUCACGAUGGAUAAGGAUGUGACCUCUCCGACUCUCGAUUCUUUCAAGGAUUUCACUCUCUCGGAUAGCACGCUGCUCCUUCCGGCUCGCGAGGACGGCACCAAUCUGAUUGGCAAUGCCUCUCUCCCCAACCCGUCGGUGCUGACCCUUGACAUCGGCACUCUCGUCCUCGACAUCAAGAGUGGUGAUCUGGUCCUGGGUAACGCCACCCUCGAAGAUGUCACCCUCUACCCCGGAUCCAACGUCUUCCCUGUUAAGGCCACCAUCGACCUCAAGACGGCCUUCUCUCACCUGGGUGAGAUCAUCAAGCAGCAGGCCAGCGCUCUCGGCAAUGGCAGCCUCUCCCUGACCACCGUAACACGCUCUGUCACCUGGAAGGGUACCCUCGUCCCUUACUACACCAAGGUGAUGUCGGAGCUUCCGCUCGUCGCCAACGUUCCUCUCCUCGACACCAUCAAAAACAGCAUCCACAAUCUGAUCGGCAGCGACGGCAAGCUGAACCUCACUUCCAUCCUCCACGCCAACUCCAGCAGCGGCAGUGGCUUGCUCUCCUCUAUGGAAGACGAAUUCGGCGACAAAGCGAAGCGAUCGGCCCUGUCCGAUGCGCUUAAGGAAAACAUCCACGUGCGCAACCUGUUCGAGGAUGAGCACCCGGUCAAGCGGGAUAUAAUUCUCGACUCGAUCGCUGGGAUGUACAUGAAGGCAUAA